AUGGUGAUCAUAAAUGCAAUGAAAUUACUUUAUUUUCUUUUGAAGAAGGAAUUGGUGAAAGAUGAUAUGUUAGUUGAUGUGGAGAAAAUGGUUGAAGAACCCAUUGUUGUCGAAGAAGAAGUGAAUCAAAAGAAGAAACGGGCUAGUAUUGAACAGCCCAUUGUUGUUGAAGAUGCUCCGGAAAUUGAUGAUGCUUCAAAAGGCAAGGAAGCGGUAGAGGAGGCCUUGGUUCAAAAGAAGGAAGAUCCGGGAGCUUUCACCAUCCCUUGCACAAUUGGAUUGUAUAAAUUUGGCAAGGCACUAUGUGAUCUUGGAGCAAGCAUUAACUUGAUGCCGCUUGCUAUUUUCAACAAAUUGGGGUUGGGCACUCCCCGACCCACAACAAUGAGAUUACUAAUGGCGGAUAGAAUCGUGAAGAGACCGGUUGGUAUCCUAUAUGAUGUGCUUGUAAGGGUUGAUCGAUUCAUUUUUCCGGCCGAUUUUGUGAUCUUGGAUUGUGAAGUUGAUUUUGAGGUACCCAUAAUCUUGGGGAGACCUUUCUUGGCCACGGGGCGUGCUCUUGUAGAUGUGGAGAGAGGUGACCUAAAAUUUAGAAUAAAUGAUGAAGAAGUCACUUUCCAUAUUUGCAAGUCAAUGAAACAACCGGCGGAUAUGAGUGUUGUGUCGGUUAUUAAUACGAUAGAUGAAGCCAUGGAUGCAACCGUUGAGCAUGAGCAUGUGGGUGAUAUGUUGGCGGCGGUGAUAAUGAACUAUGAGGGGGAAGAUGAUGAAGAGUUCGAGGAGACGGUUAAUGCAUUGAUUGGGUUGGGGUCAUACCAUUACAAUCCAAAGAAGCUUGAUCUUGACUUAGAAAACCGUGCUACUCCUCCCGCAAAGCCUUCCAUUAUUGAGCCUCCUACCUUGGAACUCAAACCUCUUCCUUCACACUUGAGGUAUGAAUUCCUUGGUCCUAACAACACAUUGCCCGUGAUUAUUUCCACCCGGUUGAUGGAUGAACAACGAGAAAGGUUGCUAGUUAUUUUGAGAAGAUAUAAAAAAGCUAUUGGUUGGUGUAUUGCGGAUAUCCAAGGGAUUCCGCCCGGUAUUUGUACUCAUAAAAUUCAACUUGAUGAAGAAUGUGAGCCAAGUGUUGAACAUCAAAGGAGGUUGAACUCUCCUAUGCAAGAGAUUGUGCAAUUUGAAAUUAUCAAAUGGUUAGAUUCCGGUGUUGUGUACCCUAUAUCGGAUAGCUAUUGGGUUAUCCCGGUUCAAUGCGUGCCCAAAAAGGGUGGAAUCACCGUGGUUGCAAAUGCUAAAAAUGAAUUGAUUCCCACUCGCACGGUCACCGGAUGGCGGGAUCAAGAGAAAACCAUUUUCACUUGUCCUUAUGGGACCUUUGCUUUCAAGAGAAUGCCCUUUGGGCUAUGUAAUGCACCCGCAACCUUUCAACGUUGCAUGAUGUCUAUUUUCUCCGACAUGGUAGAGGAGUCCAUUGAAAUCUUCAUGGAUGACUUUUCCGUGGUGGGGGACUCCUUUGAUGAAUGCUUGGAGAAUCUUGCCCAAGUAUUGAAACGUUGUGAAGAGACAAACUUGGUCCUAAAUUGGGAGAAGUGUCACUUCAUGGUGAGAGAAGGGAUUGUCUUAGGGUUUUAUAGAAGAUUCAUCAAGGACUUUUCAAAAAUAGCCAACCCCCUAUGCAAAUUGUUAGAGAAAGAGUCAAAGUUUGUAUUUGAUGAUGCUUGUUUGAAGGCAUUUGAGGGCUUGAAAGAAAGACUCACAUCGACUCCUAUCAUCAUUGCACCUGAUUGGUCUCAACCCUUUGAGUUGAUGUGUGAUGUAAGCGGAUUUGCCAUGGGGGCCGUUCUUGGUCAAAAAAAGACUCUAAAUGGUGCCCAAAUGAACUACACAAUCACCGAUCAAGAGUUGCUUGCUAUUGUGUUUGCUUUCAAAAAGUUUCGUGCCUACUUGUUGGGAACCCAUGUGAUUGUUCACACCGACCAUGCGGCUCUACGUUACCUCAUGACAAAGAAAGAUGCUAAACCGAGGUUAAUACGUUGGGUCCUUCUCUUGCAAGAAUUUGACUUUGAAGUCAAGGAUCGAAAAGGUUGUGAAAAUCAAGUGGCGGACCAUUUGUCUCGCCUUGAAGAGGGCGGGCGUCCAUCGGAUGGUCUUGAAAUAAAUGAAUCAUUCCCGGAUGAGCAAGUGAUGGCGGGGUCAUAUGAUAUGAUUCCAUGGUAUGCCGACUUUGCAAACUAUCAUGCUAGUGACAUCAUGCCCGAGGAUUUGAACUUCCACCAAAAGAAGAAGUUCUUGAAUGACUUGUUUGAUGUAUGGGGCAUUGAUUUCAUGGGUCCGUUUGUGAGCUCCUACAACAACAAAUACAUCCUUGUGGCAGUGGACUAUGUGUCCAAAUGGGUGGAGGCCGUUGCGCUUCCCAAUAAUGAAGGCAAGAGUGUCACCGUAUUUUUGAAAAAGCACAUAUUCUCAAGGUUUGGAACUCCAAGGGCCAUCAUUAGUGAUGGGGGUACUCACUUUUGCAACCGCUUAUUCAAAGCUCUUCUUGAGAAAUAUGGAGUAAAACAUAAAGUGGCCACCCUUUAUCAUCCCCAAACAAGUGGUCAAGUUGAGGUGUCGAAUCGGGAGAUCAAGAGCAUCCUCUCCAAGACAGCUAACGCAAAUAGGAUUGAUUGGUCGAGAAAAUUGGAUGAUGCUCUAUGGGCGUACCGAACUGCAUACAAAACACUCAUCGGCAUGUCUUCUUAUCAAUUGGUAUUUGGCAAAGCUUGUCACUAUUGGGGAGAUGCUUCGCAACUAAGGAUGGAUCAACUAAAUGAGCUGGAUGAAUUCCGAUUUAGAGCCUAUGUGAGCUCUUCCAUCUACGAAGCUCGUAUGAAGCAUUUUCAUGACAAAAAGAUCUUGCAAAGAGAGUUCAGUUCGGGUACCGGUGUGCAUGAAUCAAGGUUGCAAGGAGAUGUGAUUGAGAGAACUGAGAAAAUUGAGAAAACAAAAGUGGCUGGAGUGCGGCCUAUAUGCGAGACCGCAUCACGAGUUGGCGGCCGCAAACUCCAGCCCAAAAAAAGGCACCAUGGUUCUUUUCCUAAGGAUGCUAAUGGUCUUUUGAACCCAGUAUUUGUAGGAAGUUUUGAGUCGGCUGGUCCCAAUGAUAGAUAUUUGGGCGCUUUCUUAAGGGAACUAAGUCUUGUAGGGUCGGGAAGUGAGCAUGACUUGUUUGGUAUCAAUACAGUUAGAAAAGUUUUUGAGUCAAGGACACAAAAAGACAAAACGAUGAGAAAAACAAAGAAAAAUGCUGACAUGCGAUGA